CAGGAAGCACAGCCGGUCCCGCAGCGGCGCCGCCAUCACAGCCCCGGUGCAGGCCCUGCCCGGCCCCGGCGCGGCCUCGGGGCUCCGCCCCCCGGAAGGAGCCGCCCGCCAAUGAGAGCGCGAGGCGCCGCGGCUCAGCCAGUCAGCAGCGAGGGGGGGCGGGGCUCCGGGCGGAAGCGGCCCCCGAGGUUGACGCCGGCGGCAGCGGGGCGGGGAGGCCGGAAGUAAACAACUGAACCCUCCACCAAUCAGAGCCACCCGCUACGGCUGACCAAUCCGAGCAAGCCUCGGGGACGACCAAUCAGCGUCCCGCUGCCCGCAGCUCUCCACCUAUCACGACACCGAGGAGGCGGGCUCCCUCCUUCCCCCAACGCGAGGGCGCGGCGGCGUGACUGACAGCUCGGGCGCCCAAUGAGCGCCGCGCCAACAUGGCGGCGCCCGGCCCGUGACGGGACGGCGGCGGCGAUGUCGGGCCGCGGCGUGUGGCUGCGGGCGAGGGCGCGGCUGCGGCGCUUCCCGGCGCUGCUGGGGGACUGCGGGGAGCAGGCCGCCGCCUACGGGCGCUGCGUGGCCGCGGCCUCGGCGGGCGGCGGGGAGGUGCGGCGGGACGGCUGCCUGCGGGAGUUCCGGGCGCUGCGGGACUGCUUCGCCCGCGCGGCGGCGGCGGCGGCGAGAACGUAACGGCGGCGAGAGAGGUGACAAUCGCGACGUGACGAUAGUCACGACACCGACACGACACGACGAUAGUCACGACCCCGCCCAAGGCACGCCGAUUAAUUUAAAAAAAUAAAGAUUCGGGUAAAAAUGCUUCAGCUUCUUUUAUUGAUGUGCAGCACAGCUCGGCCCCCCCCCCCCCCCCCCCCCCCCACUGCUACGAGCAGGCCCCGGCGGGGUUGGGUUGGGUUCUUCUCCUGCCGGCGCUGAGGAACGUCGGGAGCUUCUUUGGUCCUUCGCGGUCACCCCGGAAACGGCAACGGGUCCCCGGAAACGGCAACGAGUCCCCAGAAACGCCAACGGGUCCCCGAAAGCGCCAACGGGUCCCCGAAAGUGCCAACGAGUCCCCAAAAGCGCCAACGAGUCCUCGAAAACGCCAACGAGUCCCCGAAAAUGCCAACGAGUCCCCAAAAGCGCCAAUGAGUCCUCGAAAACGCCAACGAGUCCCCGGAAGCGCCAACGAGUCCCCAAAAGCGCCAACAAGUCCCCGAAAACGCCAACGAGUCCCCAAAAGCGCCAACAAGUCCCCGAAAACACCAGCGAGUUCCCAGAAACGCCAACGGGUCCCCAAAAACGCCAACGAGUCCCC